CAUCAUCGUUAUUCACCCCCAAAAAGAUGCGCCUUUUCUCACUUUCCCGACUCGCCAACAGACAAAGCCUUGUAAUUUCCCAAAUUUCCAACGAAUUCACAGCAUUUCACGUGAGAGCAAUCCUUUUUCCGUGAGGAAGAAUUACCUUUCGCAACUUCAGUUACGUUACUUAUGAUUUUAGUCCUUUUGCGUCUUAUUUUCCGGGAAGCUUGAAUCUUGAAUGCGUUCCAAGUGUUUAAUUUGAGUUUAUUGAGGUAUUUUUAGGUGCUUGGAGAAGAAAUCUUGGUCUAUUGAAGGUGAUGAUGGCAGGAUCUUUGGUUGGAUUUGGGCAUGGUAUUUUGUUGUUUAGGAAACUAAUCUUCGGAGAAAAUUAGGAAGUAGUUGUUUUUCACUUUUAUUGGUCUUUGGACAUAUGAUGGAUGAGGAGGAUGGUAAGGGGUACCCUCCCAACUCUUAUCGCGUGAAUCGCCAAAAGUUCCCUGUUGAAAAUGUCAAUUAUCCUCGGAAUGUUGGGAAUUCUUAUGUCGAGGAUGACGAUAAUGAUGAGGAGGAGGAAGAGGAUAUAGAUAAUGCGGAAGAUAACGAGGAUGACGACGAUGACGAUGAUGAUGGAGGAAAUGGUGUUCAGAGGAUAGGUAAAGAUGAUUAUGAAUAUGGCGAUGAUGGUGAUGAUGAUGAUGAUUUUGGUGAUUUAGAGAGGCACCCUAAGAAGAGGAAGCUUAAAACCCUAUUGUCAAGUUAUGAAUUUGCACCUCGAGUACCAGCCCCAUCAUCUGCUUCAGCUUCAGUUCCAAAGACAUCAUAUGGUGGACGCAAUCCACUCACGGAUUGGACUGAGCACGAGACUUUCAUCUUACUGGAUGCUUGGGGUGAUCGAUUUCUCAAACAAGGGAAGAAGAGUCUCCGCUCUGAGGAGUGGCAAGAAGUUGCUGAGAAGGUAUCCCAGGAAUCAAAGAUUGAGAGAACAGAUACUCAGUGUCGAAACCGCUUGGACACGUUGAAGAAAAAAUACAAAAAAGAGAAGAUGAAGUUGGGAGAUAGUGGGAGUUCAGCCAGUAAUUGGGUGUAUUUCAAGAAGCUGGAUGCACUUUUGUCAUCACUCCCACAGCAAGCAGGCCUUUCAUGUGGAGUGGACUCAGGAGAGUACGUAUUCAUGAACCCUAAAGUUUAUUUGAAUCGCUCAAAUGGAUUAGAUGAAAUGAGAGAUAGUCCAGAAAACUCAGCAUCUGCCGGGGGUGGGGAAGAUGAAUCUGAGGGCCUUCCACCCCAGAAGACAAAGAAUGGAGGAGUCAGGGGCAAUGCAGCUUCUUUCAAAUUGCUCGCUGAUUCCAUUCAGAAAUUCAGUGAGAUAUAUCAGAAGAUAGAGAAUAGCAAGAGACAGCAAAUGGCAGAGCUAGAAAAAAUGCGGAUGGACUUCCAUAGAGAUUUGGAGUUUCAGAAGAGGCAGAUACUAGAGAGAGCUCAAGCUGAGAUUGAGAAGAUCCGACGAGGAGAGGAUGAUGAUAAUGAAGUGUCUGCUGAGAAUGUCAGCGGUUGAUGUAGCUUUCUCUGAUCAUUGUUCGUACAUUCCUCUAGGAGGAAAUCUUGCCAUUGUUGUAUUAUAUUGCCCUCUUGCAUACCUGAUCUGCAAGACAAUAAAACUCAUGCGAAGCUGAUAUUGGAAACUCUAAUUAGUUUUAUUGUGAUUAAAGAGUUCAAUGUAUAUGCGCUCAGUCGAUACUUCUAAACUUGUAUUAACUAUAGCAACAUCUCUCAUUUGCUAAUUUAGUUCCCAUUUCUCUUUUGGUUA